AUGUCGAAUCGAUGCUCUCCAGUGCCAACUUCGACUCUUUAUGGUCAAUUCACCACAACUCAAUUAGUCACAAAUACAAUUGUCGCCACAUCCACUCUUCCAGAUGGAGAGACAACAGCAUCAACUUCAUACGAUGUUGAAACAUCUAUAGGAACACAAGCUUCUCCCACAUCAACAUUAUAUUCAACCCGUUGUAGAGGGGACGAUGGACAAACUCAAGCACAAACUCAGGCACAAACUCAAGAUCAAGCUCAAACGCAAACGGAAGCACAAACGACAACACAAGCAGGUGGAAGAGUGAUUGUACAAACGAUCAUCAGAACUGCUUCAUCGGAAGGAAGUGUAAUUGUAGAAACACAAACUGCUACUCCAACUGCAAUUUCAUCACCUACCUUACUUGCAUCUUCACAGGAUACACAACAUAAUACAAAUGCAGGAGCUAUAGCAGGUGGAAUUGUUGGAGCAGUGGCUGUUUUGGCACUUCUGUUUGGUCUACUAUGGUUCAUACGAAAAAGAAAGAGGAAUGCAAUGGCUUCACGUAAUUUGGACGAAUUCUUUGCCGAUCCUUCGGCACAGGUAUGGGAUGAAAAACAGGCAAACGGAGGAAAUCCAAGGUCUAGGUCGGCUUCCAUCUUGGGCGUUGCAGCAGGUACUUCAAGCAGAGGAGGAACAUUACGAAGUAUUAAACGUAAAUCGCUGGCCGUUCUGGAUUUAGAUAAAGAAAAGAAUGCAUCAGAAACCAAUGAUAAUCAUUGGGCUGCAUUAACAAGAAUUGAUUCUGCUCAAUUGGACGAUGAAAAUUUGGGAGACGAAGAAGUACAGAAUUAUGGAAGACCACGAUCACGGCACAGUUUGAAUGCACUUGAUCGCCCUCAAUCGUUUCAUAGCAUGUCUAUAGGUCACGGUCUUGGCUCACAGCAACCGUUUGGUUUACCUGUACCUGGACUUUCACCCGAUCACGAUCAUUCGGACAAGGAAGCGGAUUUGUUACGCAACGGCAGCGAUAGAAGUUCAAAAUCUGCUCGUUCACCGGGAGAAUUGGGAGCGUUGAAGACCAAAUCGAUGGAUAUGCUACCCUCUUUCCUUUCAAGUGCUUCGCCACCAAUUUCACCCACCUCGCCAUACAAUUCACCACCCUUGCGUGACAUGCCUCUACAUGAAGGUGUUGCGAUUAAUGCAAAUGGAUAUGAGAAUGUAAGGCCUUCUAUUGCACGCGGAUCACAGUUUUCCAUCAGUUCAAAUAUGAUGAUGACUGAUAUGACAAAUGAUGCAAAGAAGACUAGAAGUUGGAGUGCAAGUUCGUACAAUAUGCCUGAAAGACCAAAGAGUGCUCUAGGGCUUAGCAGUCAUGCCAGUCCACCAUUGAGCAGUGUACUUGUCGGAUCACCAAUUCAGCAAAGUCCACCUCUUAAUCCAACAUUGUAUGGUCAAAAAGGCUCUGCAAAUUUACAACGUGGUCGUGCUUCCAUCAAUGGAGGACAGCCACAUUAUCCGAGCAAACGAUAUUCUGGAACGAUGCAAACACAUUCAGGCCGUUCGCCUCAAUAUGGUCCUUCUUCACCACAAGCAUACAAUGCCAUCAGUCCUUCAAGCCAUUAUCCUCCUUCUCAAUAUACCCAUUUAGACGCACAUAAAACGGCAGAAGAAAGAGCGGAAGAUCGAAUGCAUGCUUUGAACAGUGUAGCAAGUAUGAACGGAUUGGACAAGAAUCAAGAUCAACCACAAAGACGACAAAGAAGUUUAAGUGGUGCAUUGUUAUUGCGUGUUACGAAUGGUGAAGAUUCACCGCCAUUAACAAUACCGCAAGCAGGCGAAAUGACGCCUACUUCGUCCGGAGAAAGGAGCACUUUGAGUGUUAGAAAUGCAGAUCCUUCUAAAUCACAACAGAAGAAUGCAUGA